AUGCCCGCUUCCCCCCGGCCCAGUGACCCCGACAACACGGCUGGACAGCAGAGAAAUGGCACGCCGGGCAAGAAGAUGGGCGCGACGGACAAACAAGCAGCCAUGGACGGCAAGGACUUUGCCAAGGCCAUUGGCAUCAACAAGCCCGCCAACGUGCGCGACAAGAUAAAGCGCUGGCAGCAGGAGGUCGACCCCGACGCCGCGAGCAAAGAAGGCGCCGGCGCAUCCGCCUCAGAGACCUCCACCAAGCCCGCCGCCUCGCCCAAGCCCGUGACCACGCCCAAGCCGAAACCUCACGACGACAAGCCCAACUGGAAGCCUACACAUGAGCGCGGAAAGUCGGUCGGCGCCAGCCCAGAGCGCCCGGGCAGCGCGAAAAAGACGCCUGUCCCCCACAAUGAACUCGACGAGGACCUGCUCACGGCAACAGCGCCUAAGAAGCGCGUUAUCAGCGACUCGCACUGGCGCGCCAAAAUGUCACCACCCAAAGAAGCCGCCGGCCGCCCACAGCCAAAGACGAUCCCCAACGCCUGGGUGCGCCCCUCGAGGAUCAUCCCCAAAAAGCCCGCAAGCCCUGAGCUCAAGCCCAUAGCUCCCUUCACGCCCCAGUCAAACCCUCUCUUACCUCUCGCGGAAUACAUAGGCAAGAGCACAGGACAGAAGAAACCCCCGCCGAAGCCACGCAGACCGUCGAAACCGUCGAGCUCAGAGAACGAACAACGCCCGGCUAGCAGUGGGGCAGGAAGUGGAAAGACUGCCAAGAGCGACGAGACGCCAUCAGACCCUACUUCGCCCCAGCCCGAGAAAGAGAAGACGGAGAUGGUGAGGAUGCGGCGUAGCAGACGGCGCGCGCGCACAUCACCCCGCGCAUCCAUGUCGGCAGAGGACCUCAUGCCCUUCACGCCCUGGACCCGGCCUCCAGGACGCAGGUCGGGCUCAGUACAGAGCGACGACCCCCACAACAUGGUCACGGUCGAGUACGCAGAGAGCUCUGCCCCAUCGCUCAACGAGAGCCGCAUUACGUCACCCCGGGACGACGAGCUGCGAGAGAGACGGCGCCGGCGUCGACCGAGAAGUAACGGUGCUCGCACAGAAGACGAGAGCACCAAACCCGCGCCAAAGCCUUCACGGAAGAAGAGUCGCAGGUCCUACCCAAGGACCCAGGAAGAAGCUGCAACACCCUUGAUCAUUCCAGCAGCCCCAGAGACGACCACUCCCACCAAGGCCACGGGAAGCCGCUUAGAAGCCUGGCUCAGCAGCACACCCGACCCUCUGGCAGAGUCGAAACCCCGACGCAGACGCAAGUCCAAGGACUCUGUGUCGAGCCCAGAGUCCGCCUCAAAGGCCGGGAAAUCAGACGUCACAGCAUCCACGGACGCCACACAAGAGAUCCCAGUCAAGAAGACGCGCUCGCGCCGCAGGCGGAAGUCCAAGGAAUCCGUAUCCUCCCUCGACCUGCCCGCCACCGUCGAUGCAUCGGAGGUCACUGCCUCAGAGGUCACUACCUCCACCAGGACAACACAAGAUGAGUCACGCAAGAGGUCACCAAGGAGGAGAAGGUCGAAAGACUCAGUCUCGUCUGUUGAUUUGCCUUACAAGGCCGAAAAAUCAGACGUCAGCGCGUCCACUGAUGCGACAAGGGAAGAGCCGAUCGAGAAGCUCCGCCGCCGUAGUAGUGGUAGCGGUAGCAGACGGCGAAGAAGACGAUCGAGCCGCGAGAUGACCAUCAAUACCCAGGAUCUCGACGAGACCCCAUCUACGGUCGUCUCGGAUAAUACGACAGAGACGACAACUCAAGACCAGGAAAGUGAGGUCUCCGUCACUCCAACACCUUCACUGAAGCGCCGUGGUGCAAAGCGCGGCCAGUACUCUCCCACCAAAGGCCGAUCUAUGUCUUCUCCUCUCCGUGAGACUACGUCGAUAGACGACAUACCCAAGGAUGAUAUCACCGACUUGGAUACUGCUUCCUCCGCCCCUUCUUCCUUCGUCGACGCACCUGUACUUGACGCCAUGCCUAAGCCUCUGCGACCGCGACAACUUCUAGGACCGCGUAUGUUCCCUUCGACUGGCAAGCGCCUUUCAACCAUUGCUUCCCAGUCAGCGCGAUCCUCCCAGGCACCAGCUUCUGAUACAAUCACGACCAUCUCCGAGGAACCAGGUACUGGUCACGGAGCACCUGCAUCAGAAGUAGGUUCAUACUUGAACCCGGAAACCUCGACCAUUAUCAGUCGCCAGAGUACCCGACGGAGGAAGCUUGCCAGGCAUGAGGAUCUUAUAUCAGUGCUUUCCAUGCCCAAGGCAAGUUCGAAGAGCAUCGUCUCUGCCAGAAGUAUCCGUACCAACAGAAGCCGCCUUGCCACUGCCACUGUCGACGACAUCAUGAAAGAGCUCUCCUCUGAUGAAGCCAAAUAUAUGAGAGAGCUUCGCACCCUGGUCGAUGGUGUCAUCCCAGUCCUUCUGAGCUGCGUUCUCUCCAAGUCCGAGUCCGCUAUCGCUGCUGGCCUAUUCUCUCGCUCCUCCAAGUCCGACCCCAGUGAAGUUACUAAGCCAAUCGUCGACAUGGGUGUCUGCUUAGAGCGACUUAAGAACCUGCACAAGCGCGUCCCCAGAGAGGACUCCGACGCACUUGUUUCCUGGGCUCAGAGUGCACAACGAGUGUACUCUGACUACAUCGCUGCGUGGCGUCUCGGCUUCCAAGAUGUCGUAAUCAGUCUUGCGCCGGCAGACGACGACCCCUUCAAGCCCGCAAAGGUCGUCAAUGGACCAGAUGACGGUGCCCCAUGGGACGAGGGUAUGCCGCGAAACGCUGAAGGAUAUGUAGUCAACAGUGAUGGCGAGCGUGUCGACGUCGCCUAUAUGCUCAAACGCCCACUGGUUCGACUCAAGUAUCUGUCGAAGAGUUUGAAGGGCAUCAAUCAUGUGAAACCUUCAGAGCGCGUCGAGCAAAUCUCGAAGAUUUUCCAAGACCUAGUUACGGCAGCACGCAAACGGUCGAACGACGAACAAGCCCGCCUCGAAGACGAAGCCGCGGCUAGCGUUGAUCCCACUCGUGCACGCGAUCCCCGAAGUCUCGCCCCUCUCGCCGGCGUCCGGGUCGAUUCUACGCGUUGCGUGCGAGCCAGAGACCACUUCGACUUACACUUGUUCCAUUCGAGUGGUCAAGAAAUGAGUUGUCGCGUUGAGAUCUUACUCCGCGACAACGCACCAGGUACAGGAGCUGGAGGCGACCUUCUUUUCUGCGAAGUCGAUCCUACAGGACGAUGGUUGCUCCUCCCACCUGUUCACCUCAGCAAUGCAUCAGCACGGAACGGCGACCUAAAGGGCGAAAUAAUUGUCAUGAUCCGUGGAAAACAAAACGAUGGAUCGGAGUGGAGCGAGGUGAUGUCUUUGAUUUCUGAUGAUGAACAAGCUGGCUUCGAGUGGGUACAGAUGCUCGGUCUCAACCCCAUCCCACCUCAAAUCUCCGAAGUCAGGAAGAACCAGGCCACACCUACCACACACAGGCCGACCAGCAGCCAUGGAUCGUCGUCUCUACUUUCAGCUGCGACUGAAUCGACACCUCCACAGAAGAGCAGGACACCCAGCCCACAUGAAAUUGACAUACCUAUUGGCGAGCAACAUACUGAAGUAUCAAAAGUAUGGCACUAUGACACACCCGAUAGGCGCAACCAAUCCCGCACCAUCUCGCCUAUAACUCCGCCCAGUCACGAUGACUUUGUCUUUGGCAAGAUAGACGACUCAGAGCCCCACACACCCACGGAUGCCAUGCAGACAGCAUAUCAACUCCUCGAUGAUCCUGAUCCUGAUCGAACUCCCCGUGGUCUUGACGAGGCGGUGCGAAAUGAGGGCACUGGAUCGCCUUCGAGUUUGAAGCGGACAAGGGCUAAGAGGCUAUCUAAGAACCCUACCCUUUCUUCACAUUCAGCACGGCCGUCCCGCCAGAUCACUCUCGAAGAUCCGGUAGAGCCAGAGAAAAUCCAAGCGCCAGUACCACAGUCCAAGCCACGCCGAAAAUCCACUAAAAAGCGACCUCAAAAGAGCUAUAGUGUCUGGAUGCCAUCUUCUCAAGUUGGUGAUUCCGAAGAUUCCGAAGAAUCGUACAGCUCUGAAGAGGACAACAAUACCACAACCAUGGAUUCGGAGAUUUCACCACCCGGCUCGCCUCCCUCGCCGCAACGUCCACAGGCACAUAGGCGAGUCUCGUCCGUUCCCUCGCUAGAAUUACCGAGCAUUCCAAGGCAAAGGAAAUCAAGCCGGCCCUCCACGCCAUCGCAGGAUCAAGAAGAUGACGAUGACAAUCUUCGGGAAGUCUCAGCCUCCGCACCAUCGAAGCUGCAAGGCAAGAAACACGACAUAGUUGUCGAUGAUAUCGUGGAACCCAAAGCAGAGGUCGAAGAGCCGCCGCCAACACCGCCGCAUCGAUCGCCCAGUCCAGCAACUCCUGUGACGCUCAAGGGAAGUAAAACACCAGUGUUCACUCCGACGUUACCUGGUUUCAAGAACAAACGCCGGUCAUCGUCACCCCUGAAGCAUGAGUAUGAGCCAUCUACCUGCACAGAGGAGUCAAGCGAGAGCGAGGAGGACACUGCUUCUGAGGAUGAGGUGGACGAUGAAGAUGAAGAAAGCCUCACCUCGGAGUCGUCUGAAGACGAGUUAGAUGACGAUGUUCCCAUGCCACUUAUGCCGAUCGGAUACCUUGGGCCACGCGGGUAUCCCGGACGCUCAUAUACCACCGGUAGAGAAGCCAGUCGUCCCACUUCAGCAGAGAAGGGUGAGAAGGUAGAGGAUGAGACCAAGAAGUUCCCCAAAGUCUCACCUCCUGCAUCAAUCUACACGCUCCCCAACGGCACUAUCACCCCGUCACAAUCCGCGUCGAACACUCCAUACAGAGCAGUUCCGCAGGGUUCCGGCAAAGCCUCGAAGACCAUCGCAUCCAUCUUCGCUUGGUCCGAUGCUGGCCGAUGGGAUAGUUUGCAUCCAGACGAAUGUAGCAUCGUCGUUACGCCAGGUAAGAUCGAGGUCUUCGAGAUCACGAUCAACCACUCCAAGCCUUUCCUGGCCGACGGCGACGAGAUCAUCACCCCCGAGGGAGGUGCUCCCCUUGUUGCGGUUGAGCUUACCCCUCUGGUGCCGUUGCGCAAAUCAACGGCCAUUGAUAUCUCCAUUCGCUCCCCACCCACCGCAGAAUCGCGCAUCAAAGCUGGCAACAACAUCAUGCUGAGGAGUCGCAAUGCAGCUGAGUGCGCCCAACUAUACGCCAUGAUCAACCAGUCUCGUAUCAACAAUCCUACCUACAUUGCGCUUCAGAACGCCCGCGGCCCCUACGGGCAAUCAAGCUGGGCCGAAGCAAUGGACCGUCAGAACGCGGCUAGGACAAGCGCUGAGUCUUCUGGCUGGCUCGGAGGUACGCUAGGUAGGAGAAGCAGCUACCGCAAGUCAAGCACACGCGCUGCCUCUAUUUCCGCAGCGACUGAGUCCUCCGUUGGGACCAUGAACUCUGCCCUCCGCUCUGCACUAGGCCGAUUUUCAUUCGGCAAGAGCGGUGUCUUCAGCAUCCGCAACUCAACGCUCGGGUCUCGCAGCACUGGCUCCUCAUUCGACAGUGGCUCCAACUCCAGACCCGGCUCGGGCGCUUCCACCCCAACCGGCGACGUCGUACGAGCGCCCGGUGCACCAGCUGGAAUCACGAACACCAAGUGCAGGCUUUACGAGCGAGAGUCACUCAAGAAAUGGCGUGACAUGGGCAGCGCACGACUAACAAUAAUGCUGCCCUCACCCAACCCAAGCGUGCCAUCCUCGCCUACGAACCCACGUCAGCGCGCACCUGGUAUCAGGGAUCAUACCCAGGAGCGACGCAUCCUCCUUACUGGUAAGAAACACGGCGAAAUACUCCUUGACGUCACUUUGUCCGAGACGUGCUUCGAGCGCGUCGCACGCAGUGGUAUUGCAGUAAGCGUAUGGGAAGACCAUUUGAACGAAGAUGGUCAGGUCGGCGGCGUAGGCAAGACCGGUGGAGUCUUAGGCGCCAGAGCGAGAGUCUUCAUGGUGCAAAUGAAGAGUGAGAGGGAGUGUGCUUACUGCUUCAGUCUACUGGGUAAGCUGAGGUACUAG